AGGAAACUUAGAAAAGCAUGUGUUUGGAAGUCUUUUUCAUGAUGUGUAGAUUGUACCACUGCUGAAAUAGAAUAUCCCCUUGAGAAUAGGGAAAUAAUUUGUUUUUUUCUAUACAGAGGGCAACAAAGUCUAGUCCUUCCAUUUGAGCUCUGGUUUUAAAACACUAACAGUAUAAAGAGUUAAAAAAAAAAAAAAAAAAAAACCAAAAAAUUUUGUUCUCCAUUUCAGGGCCAUAAUAAAAUGAUAAAAUAAUAAAAAUAUUGCUGACGCUCGUAUUCAGUCAUUUUGUUCCCUGUUAGCACAGUUCACUUUGGGAAUUCAAGGGAGGGGCAGAGCUAUUGGGAAGCUGGCAAAGAAACCCAGCCGGCACCUCCAGGCCACACCUGCCCCCACCCUCUCCCUUGCCUCCUCCCAACGUCUCACCCAACUCUUAAAUUCCCCAGUAGCUCCUACCUUCUCCCUUAUGUCCAGGCCGGCCUUUCUGUUGAGAAUCUUCCCCCACUUCCUUCACUUCUUUGCCUGGCUCACUUCUAUUCCUGCUUCCAAACCCAGCUCAGACAUCAUCUGGUCUAGAAAUGUCCUCUGACCCCUUUCCUAAGCCAGUUGGGCAGCAGAGUGCUCAAAUCCGAUUUUUCCCCCUAAUCCUUCACAUGCUAUUAGCACAACUGUUUGCUUGUUUAUUCUUUGCCCCGUUAGACUAAUUCAUGUAUUCGACAAACAUUACUUGAGCACUGUGUAUUUGCCCAGGACUGCGGUAGGUGUUAGGGAGUCAAGGAUAAAAGAGAUUCCCUAAUAUGGUCCCUGGGAGAUAAUGAUACUCAGUGAUGGUGUGUGGAAUAAAUGAAUGGAAUUAGAUUGUUACAUGGAGAGUGGAAGGAAGCCCAGAGGAAGUUUAGCAGGCACAUAAAAGUGAUUUGGUUUUUCCAUUCUUCCGUCUCUCACAUCCUACUCUGUUGUGUAAAACCUCUCUAAGCCGCUUCUUGCUUUAAGUUUUUGCUCUCCUAGUAAUCUUUAUCUUACGGCUGUCUGGAUCCGAAGCAGGGACUUUGGCAUAGGAGGAACUGAGCUCUGAUGCCAGUCCUGGCACUCACUAGCUCUGUGACCAUUAGCUCUUCCCUAAUUUCUCUGAGCUUCAAUUUCCUCCUCUGUAAAAUGGAGAUUACAAACACCUAUGGCAUGGAGUACGGUAUGAAGAUUAAAUGUGAUUCACGCAUGGAAGAGGCUUGGCUGAAAGGUGGACUUCGGAGAGUCUUCCUUGCCUUGCUUUUUGUCUCUCCCCUACUCCUAGCCCCCCACCUUCCUGCAAGAUGUCAUCCGAGCCAUAGCAGCAUGCAAGAUGGUUUCUGCACGGAAGCUCAUUUUUUUUAAAAUGGUAAUUUUUUGGAUAUAUAUUAAAAUAGGUACAUAGACAUUAAACUCUAUUAAACCUUUGAUUUUUAUAGAAAUUAUUGCUUUGGAUAUGUAAAAAGUGAAAAAAGUUUCAUUUUUUUAAAUAGAAAAUAUUAAGAAUAUUUGAAGGAUAAGAGGAUAAAAGGAACCUAAAAAACAUGGCAGAAAUGAACAAAGAUGAUGACAUAAAAGACAGAAAACACUUAGCUCAGAAGUUCAUAGGCGCUAUAUUUAUUAUGUUUGCUCUGAGGGUUUGAUAAACUGAGAGGUAGCCAUAGUUAUAACAUGCAUUUCUCAAAUGUCACUGCUAGAAAAAUCCAGUCCUGGGGCUGGCAAAAAUUAAUUCUUAAACCACAGGAUCAUGUUUUGGGCUUUCUGUGGAUAGGAUUUGUCUCUAAAAGAUGAAGAAGUCAGUUUGGGGUCCCUAGACAUCACCUGUUCAGUUCUGCCCAUGAUAAAGUGCAAAGUAAAAGAAAAUCGUUCUCUAUUUUUGCUUUGUGUCAUUUUGGUUUUGGUUGCACCCACAGCAUAGGGAUGUUCCCCGGCCAAAGAUGGAAAGUGCGCCAUAGCAGCGACCCAAGCCGCUGCUGUGACAAUGCUGGAUCCUUAACCCGCUGAGGCACAGGGGAACUCUGAAAGUUGUUCUUUACGCUUAAGAAUAAUUAAUAUCCAGAUAAAACUUCCAGAGAUGCUCUAUGUUCUCUACACUGUGUAGAUCCAUUUCCUGAUCUAGGAAACAAGUAGAAUAAUAGAACCUAUCGCAUCAAGUUGUUAUGAGGGUCAAAUGUUAACACAAAAGAAGCACUUAGUAACAUAUAAGGAAUAUAUAAUCAUUGCUAUGUCUGUGUGAGCCACUGUCAUCCUUAAUCCAGUAGAGACGAGCCGCCUGGGAGCCCUUAGCACCACAUGCCCCUCUGGUGGAAAAGCUCAGGUCCUGCCCCUGCAGCCUUGAAAGCUACUUAACCCUUCCCCCAGUCUUCAGGUUUUUUGAGGCUUUGUGAUAAAAAUCAGCCUAAUACAAUCUUUCUGUCUCCGAACACAUAGUGUAUUCAGCACUUUGGGAAGAUCAGAUAUUCUCUUCAGUGUCUCUAUCCUUGGAAAUUUCCACCCAGAACACAGAUUUUCUGUUGAUUCAUUUAUUGGAAUCUGAGAGACUGUAUCACACACACACACACACACACACACACACACACACACACACUUCUUGUGUUCCUAUGAGAGAGCCCACCAAUCCACCCACUCUUUAGAGAUUUGUUUGCAGUGUGGACAAAAACCAAACAAAAACCUGUGGGCUAAUUUAUAACCCACACUCCCACCCCCUCCCCCCACACACACAAAGUUAAAGUCUACAGAAGGCUAAAACCAAAGUUGAAACAAACCCCAGCAACCAGGCCCUGGAAAUUGCGAUCUGGGUGUCGGAUGCUCUCUUGACAACAUAAGGCAAUUUGAUCACAAAGAUUACCUCUGCAGCUGCUCCGGGGAGCAAAUAAAGAUGAAUGUAGGAAGCCAGGAAAUUGGGAAACGGGCCAUUCCUGGCGACAGUCUGGCCACUCCCUCCUUUCCUGAAGGGUGUGAAGGUGCACCCCAGUGGGUAACAAGGCCAGCAGGUCCAGCAGGCUUGGGGGAUGCGGACCCGGUCAGGACGCAGAGCAGGGAAGAGAGGGGCCACGGCUACGCCUUCCCCUUUCCUCUCCGCAGGUAGAGACAGACUUUUUGCACCUGAGAGAUACACAUCAAGAGCCAACCUCUUCUCCUCUGAUGAAACCAGGCCCAGGGCGCCCCAGGCUUCUCAGUUCGACGGCGCGGGAUGCCUCGCUCAGCACCGCGGGCUCAGUCUUCAAACCUGCUCACCGCCCACCGCCAAGGCCCCUGGGACCCAGCUUGCUCUCGCCUUUUUUCCUGCCCUGAAGAAGCCUCCCCAAACUUGCAGGUCUCCUGGGUGGCCCAGCUGUCAGCGACGAUGGAUCUAUUUUAAGUGCUGCACCCACUGUCCCCGCUCUGAGGACACGGGCAUGGGUCCCGCUACUAGGAUAACACCUUCGGGGCACGAACCCGAGCUGACGCGGAGCCAGAUCCCGCAGCCGGGACUCGGGCUUCCUCCGUCGGGCAGGCGGCCGGGCUACCGCGGUGGGAGGCUGUCUCAGGGCAAGCAUCUCGAAAUUCAAGAGCCCAGGGAAUCCCGGGCCCGGGAGCGGGGGUGUCCCACACGGCAGCCACCCCCUGCCCUCCCCACCCCUGCACCCCCGGAAUAGGCAGCCUUGGCAUGGCCACCACU